CGCUGAGGGUCCGCGGAUGUCAGCGGUGCUGCGUGUGGAGGAAGCCGCCUGUCGGUGCUGUUUCUGGGGCCUGAGGCUCAGAGGAGCGGGGCCGUCCUCCUCCAUGACUCUGGACAGUCGAUGACAAAAUCCACCGAGCGGCCAAAGGGCUGGUGAUGCACGACAGCACCGAGCACACUGCGCUCUUCCCCGGCGUGAAACACCCAGGAACGCUGCGGCUGCCGGACAUGGGGCGGGACCUCCUUUGUGGAAUUAACCGUGUGUGCGCCCAUGUGUCCGGUCAGUGAGUUUGGAAAAAGCCGAAGAUUUGGUUUCUACUUAGUUUUUUUUUUCAUUUAACCUGCGUUCACACACAUCUGCAGCGAUGCGGGCUGCGGACCGGAGCAGCGCCGGAGCCGCGGUAGUUCUCUGCCUUUUGGGAUACCUCGCCUCCGAAGCCGCCGCCAAAACGCUACCGGAGGACUCGGCCACCGAAGAGGUGACUCUGAAGGUUCACCUGAGCGAUGCCAGCACUCACCAGCCCCUGGGAGGAGCCGCUAUUCAGCUCUUCGCCAACCACACGUCUGUAACCACGGAAACCUCAUCAGCUGAUGGCAACACCUACCUGCGCUUCCCCUACCGCCUUGGGACACCACUGGUCGUCACUGCAACUAAACAGGGAUAUGUGCCAAACUCUGUGCCCUGGACUCCCUCUAGAUUACCUGUGUUUUCCUCCAUCAGCCUGGACCUGCUCCCAGAAAGAGCUGCUACUCUGAUGGUGUAUGAAGAUGUGGUGGAGAUUGUGUCAAGCCUACAAGGUUUUAGACGUCAGCCCAACGUUCACUUCCAGCGCAGAGCUCUGAGUCUUCCUGCCAACACUUCCUAUGCCAACCUGACCGCUCUGCUCACCGUGGCCAGCUCCCCUUCACACAUCCAGCACUUCCCUCACCUGCAGGUCCUCGGUGGCAACGGCACAGGAGCUGAGAAGAAGUUUGAGUUGACUCCCGUGGCAGCCAUCUCUGUUCAUCUACUGGCCAGUGACGGUGUGGAGCUGCAGGUGACUGAGCCAAUCACGGUGUCUGUGCCCCUGCCGGCUGACAGCGGCCUGAAGGAAAAUGAUCACAUCCCUGCUUGGAGAUUUGACCCGCGCUUGGGCGCCUGGAUAAAGAGCAGUUGGGGUCAUGUGCAGAAGGAGGGCAACCAGCUCAGUCUGACCUACAUUGCUCCUCAGCUAGGAUAUUGGGUGGCCGCCAUGUCGCCACUGCACUCAGAUCCAUUGGUUGCGAAGGAUAUCAGCACAUACCACACUGUGUUUCUACUGGCCAUACUGGGAGGCAUGGCUCUCAUUCUGCUUUGCCUGCUGUGCCUUCUGUUGUACUACUGCAGGCGUCGUUGCUUGAAGCCUCGAGUGUCUCGACGCACGUUCACGUUGUCCUCCGGUCUGGACAGUAGUAAGAGGGACCAAGCCACCUCCAUGUCCCACCUCAACCUCAUCAGCAAUGAGGUGCAGCUGGAGCUUGUUUCUACAGCAACUGAGCCUGACAUGACCACACCGAUGCUGAAGCCUUUCUCAUAUGAGCAUCAAGACAAUCAGCGUCAGCACAGCUUAAUACAUCACAGCAAACACAGCCGCUCUUCUCUCGGCAACAGCCACCAGGGCUCAUCUCUUGGCAACCUGACGCCUCGCAGCAGAGACUACCGGCAGUCUGUGGAGACGUUCCAAUUAAAGGCCGGACUUUCAUCCGGGACAGACCGGGGCUACCGCCAAUCAUACACCUCCGUCUGCUCGUCCAGCAAUCCGAUUUCCGAUGCAUUUUCGUCAGCACAUCAUGGUCAGGUGUCAGCUAACCUGCUGAGCAAUAUUGGGAUUGUUGAUUGUAUCUCCCCUUCCUCUCCUCCCCACUCCCCCAUUAGAGUGGAGGGAGUUGAGUGCAGGGCUCCUGACUACCUUCUGUCCCGGUCUGUGGACCACCUGGAGCGCCCGAGCCCCCCUUUGCUCUCCCGUCCAGGACAGCUGCUCUGCUGUGGAUCUGUGGACCUCCUGAGUGGGGGAGAAGGAUACCCGAGGGUGCGCCCCACACUGGUGAUCCCAGCACACUACAUGCGCCUUCCUGGGGAGCACCCACUAUCCGGUCAGGCCCUCUUGUUGCAGACUGACCAACAGAGUGACCUGGAGACCAUCCAGGCAGAGCUCAAUGCCUCACAUUCCCAGCAGCCCCUUGGACAAACCUCCACAGACUGCUCGCCAGGUCCCAGGAAGCAGGGUGACCGAGGGGGGCGUGGCCUAACUGAGUCUCUGUCUAUUCCAGGAGCUCUAGGCGAAACAUCUCUAGUGGAAAUAAACAGUGAGGACACCUUGUUGGCUGAAAAGACUUUAAUGGAGCUCAGAGGAGGAAAGCCUCUUCUUCACCCACGAGCCUGGUUUGUCUCACUGGAUGGACGCUCCAAUGCUCACAUUCGCCACUCCUACAUCGACCUCCAGCGGGCGGGGUGCCAAAACAACAUGCCAGUGUCAGGAGGUCAGCAAGGCAGGAGGCAUGGCAACGGCAACGAUGCCAGUCUGGACUCUGGCGUGGACCUGAACGAGCCGAGAGCGGGGCGCAGGGGGAGAGACGUAGUGCGGAAGGAAAGAAGGAUUGAGAAAGACAGGUCGAAGAGCACAACACCAGCCAUGACCUACACUCAGCUGGUGUAUGUGGAUGAUCUGGAUCGAGGAGGCAGCGAGGAGGAGACAUCCAGUUGCAGCCCUCAGGACAUCAAAACAGGACCUGUUCUGUCAGACAAAGCAGAGGGUCAAACAGGAGAACUGGGUCAGGGGGAUGUGGAGGAGAAAGGAGUAGAGGGGGUACACAUACAAGAGCAACCCCCAUCACUUUCCUCUUCUUCUCCUUCUUCUCCUCCUGCUUCGCCUCCUGUUUCUCCUCCUGUUUCUCCUCCUCCUCCUCUGCCAAAACCAGACGGAGUGACUUUCCGGUCUGAACACACGCUGAUGUCAGUAUCUCCAGAUGAUGAUGUACCGCAGGAGGACGGCGAGGAGGAGAAGAAGAGUCCAUGGCAGAAGAGAGAGGAACGACCCCUGCUGUCCUUCAACCUGAAAUGAUCCACAGAAUGGCCCCUUAAAGGAUAGGUUCACAUGUUUUUAAGUUUUUAAAUAACUCACACGCCCACAUUGAAAGUUGUUUGAUGGAUGAUGUAAUUGUUCAUACUUUCCAUUCUGGCCCUGAAGAAAUCAUAAUCUUCAAUGACAAUCCAAAGUCCUUGUUCUUUCUGAUUCUGAAAUUCAGUACUUUAUUAUUCUCAAUAGGAAACAGAUGGGUUAAAAGUUACACAUCAUUUAAAAAAACUAAUUACACACGGCAAAAGUCUAAUAAUACUAAUUUGCUUGAAACUUAAACUAGGGCCAUGCUCUAUUUACAAUUUCAAACUGUGAGGAAUAUCACAAACAUUUUUUUGAAGUGAACCUAUCCUUAGACCACGACUCCCCCUCUGCCCAGACUACAACGUGAAGGACAUGACCAUUUUCAAAAUGAAACUCUUUGUCCUUUUUAAUAGCACUGAGAGAAUAUUUCAGCACUGGCCCUCUGGACCUGAAGGGGGCGACUCCGAUCCUUCAUGAACUUCCAUCUUCCCUUCAGGAAGUGACCACUGUCCACUUUGUCAUUCUCGCCACACACUACAUAGACAGUCCACUUUUCAAGCUUGAUGUACACACAACCUGAGAAGGGCAAAUAGACUUUGAUGGCAAGAAAUGAGAAUAUUUUAUGCACAACAAAAUAUGCCUUUUUUUUUUUUAUAAAUAGCCUUGCGAGUGUAAAUGACCUGUAGAAACAAAUGAUGGGUGGUUCUCACAAAGACUACAGGAACCUUUUAUUUUUUUUCUUGAGCCAUAUUGGCCUCAGUCCACUGGUAAAACCUGGGAACACACUACCCUCAUUGAAAGCAAGAUUAUAGCCCAUAUUUAGAAAUCAUUCGGACUGAUUUUUUCGAAUUGUGGAGCAGCUUUUCACAGUUGGUUUGGAAAUGAACUCGUCAUGAUGUUUUCCUGGGUUUAGUGCGAGCAGCUGCUGUUGGAUGCACCUGCACAACGAUCAGCCCUGAAAUCCUGUACUUUGAAUGGUUUUGAAUAUGUCGCUAGAAUUGAAUCUAGUUAAAGAAAACUGUACGGGUGUUUACAUGAUCUCCACAGGGGGAUGACGUUUUUGGACUGAAGAAAUGAAACCACUAUCCUGCUUCUACAGCGUAAUCAGAUAAUGUGACACACCACUACGCCGGUGGGUGAGGAUCUAAGACCACUACGAAACUGUAGCUCUACCCAGAGUGAUUGUGAGGUGUAUUAAUAUGAAGGGUUUUUGUAUUUAGUGAACCACUGACUGGCAUAUUUUUGUUUGCUCUGAUGGCUAUGCAUCACUUUUAUACGUCUGCUUGAGAUGCCUUUUUUGUCAUUUUAAUCACUAUGAUUUUAUUUGCCAACAUGAAGUAUUUUAUCCAAAAAUAGGCUCUUUUAUUGUUUAAUCUUCAAAUAUUUUAAGGGCUUUUCUUCUUCACCUGCCUUAUUGUUGGUUACAAAAACAGACACACACACUAGUAUGUACCUUUGACCUGAAACCAAACUGUUUUUCGCUUAAUUUCACCUUAAUUUUUACCAUUUCCUGAUGUUCCAAGUGCCUUUUGAACAACCUGAUUCAACCUUAUUCAUUUCUCACCUUUUUUUGCCUUCAGCUUUCCUCCACUACCUCAGCCCUCCCUUUCUCUCCCUCUUGUGAAAGAAAGCAUGCAGUAAAACUUUCCUCCGCACUACAAGCUACACUGCAGACAUCUCAGUAAAAUGUCUACCAGCUGCUGCAACAGUAAAAAUCCUCUACAGCAAUCAACGAGGCAGCGAUUUCUCUUUUUCAGCGUAGCACAAGACACAUAAAGCUAAGUGUGACUGUACGUGAAGCUAAUCUGCAGGUCAUUUCGAUGCAUCUUCUUUAUUUUUGUGUUCCUGGAGGGGGUGAAUGUUUGUGUAAAUGUUUUAUGCGUGUGGUGGUAGUGUCCAUCUGCGAUGCUGCCGGCUGUGAGUUUGUGUUGUCGGAAUGCGUGUCCACGUGAGAGUGCUAACAAAUAAUCAACAGACAUCCACUCAAGAAUCAUAGUCAUAGCAAUCAGAGAGUGUAUAGUUCUUUCCUUUCCUCUACCCGGUCAAAAUGUUGCGUGAGUCGAUGUGAAUGAACUCUUCUCUCCCACAGCAACCUCCGCUCCGAGGGUGGAGUUGCAGGACAGCAAUCCUGAGUGUGUAAAUCGGUUGCUUGCAUUAUAUUUGAAGCCUAUUAUUCUGAAUAAACAGCCAAACUGGAA